GAGCCGCUAUGGCAAACCCAAAUCCGCGGCUUCGAGGAAGACAGCCGGCUGCGCAGAGGAUUUACAGGAGUUCGCAAAUACGAUACGCUCCUGGAGCGGGUGGAGAAACCGAAAUCAGCUGCUGUGUAAAAUAUUCCGUGUUUGGCUUUAACGUCAUGUUCUUUCUAAUAGGCUUUGCGCUGUUACUGAUUGGUGUGUGGGCGCAGAUAGAGAAGAACAACAUAUAUAGUCAUUUGAAUAAAGCUUCCAAACUCUACCUGGAUCCAACUUGGCUCCUUCUCGUUGUUGGUCUUGUUACCUUUAUUAUCGGAUUUAGCGGCUGUGUUGGUUCACUUCGAGAGAAUACCUCAUUUCUGACUUUCUAUUCGUCAUUGCUUGGUCUGUUACUGAUUGCAGAAUUUGCUGGCGCUGUGUUUGCCUAUGCUUGUCGAGAUCAGCUCGACACUUACAUUAGGAAUUUACUGAAUGACGUGGUAGUGGGUUAUCGCGAUGAUCCAGAUUUGCAAGUCCUUAUCGAUACAAUGCAGGAGUCGUGGCAUUGCUGUGGCAUAAACGGAGCUGAUGAUUGGGAUAGGAACACAUAUUUUGCUGUUGCUGCUCGUGAGGUAUCCUCUCCAGAAGCAGGAGGCGUGCCGUUCUCAUGCUGUCUCAACAGCAGCCAAAUGGCCUUCAAGAAUUUCUAUUGUGGGCACGGUGUACGAUUGAAGGAACAUGCACAAGAUUCAAUAAACACUAUUUAUACUGAUGGUUGCCUACCAAAACUUCAACUUUGGCUUAAUAAUAAUGUUUUUCUUGUAGGAGUUGUCCUAAUAAUCGUUGCGGUCAUU